AUGGCCGCGCCAGGCUCUGCGCUCCGGCGCACAGCGCUCACUUCUUCGUCGCUGUUCAGGACGGGGGUGAUCCCCGCUACCAGAACGCAAGCCGCACGUACCCUUGGCACCGCCCGCUGUCCUGCCCUGUCCUCCCACGUACCGACGCCACCCUCCCUCUCCCAAACCCGACAUAGCUCCUACUCCGCGCCAACCGGUGAGAAUGGAAAUGCGCGGAAGAAGGUAACUAUACAGACGCUCCAGAACAUGCACAAAAAGGGGGAGCCAAUCACGAUGCUCACGGCGCAUGACUUCCCCAGUGCUCAUGUGGCCGAUGCGUCGGGGAUGGAUAUGGUCUUGGUAGGGGAUAGUUUAGGCAUGGUAGCUCUUGGACUGGAAAACACGACGGAGGUCGUUAUGGAAGAGAUGAUUCUUCAUUGUCGGAGUGUAGCGCGUGCAACGAAAGCCGCCUUCAUUAUUGGAGAUCUACCGAUGGGGUCAUAUGAAGUGUGUGCGGAGCAAGCCAUUGAGUCAUCUCUGCGCCUGAUCAAAGAAGGCCGCGUACACGGCGUCAAGCUCGAAGGUGGCCAGGAACUGGCGCCCACAAUCAAGCGCAUCACACAGGCCGGCGUGCCGGUAGUAGGCCAUGUCGGUCUCACGCCACAGCGACAGAAUGCCCUCGGCGGUUUCCGCGUGCAGGGCAAGACGGCUGUCAGCGCGAUGAAGCUGCUGCGCGAUGCACUUGCGAUGCAGGAGGCUGGCGCGUUCAUGCUUGUGCUUGAGGCGAUGCCGGCGGAGGUUGCAUCGAUCGUCACGCAGAAGCUGCGGAUCCCGACUAUCGGUAUUGGCGCUGGGAAUGGCUGCUCCGGGCAGGUUCUGGUGCAGGUUGACAUGACUGGGAAUUUCUGGCCUGGUCGGUUCAUGCCGAAGUUUGUUAAGCAAUAUGCGGAUGUCUGGGAUGAGGCUGCCCGUGGCAUUUCGCUGUAUCGCGAUGAGGUCAAGAGUCGGGCGUUCCCUUCGGAGGAAUACACGUAUCCCAUUGCGAAGGAUGAGCUUGCUCGGUUUCAGAAAACGGUGGACGAGGUCUUCCGUGAGUCAUGA